AAAUGCAUUGUCAUCUGGUUUGAAGCUACCCUGAAAAUUUCAGCCUGCUUUCUUAUUAGGAAGUGGCUCUUAAUUUAGUUGCAAAAAUCCAACCGGAACGACAAACAAACAAACAAGAAAGUGAGUGUAUAAAACCGUGGAAUAUAAUUUCAUUCCUGUGGCACGCUCUAUAGUCACAAACCCUGGACGGUUAGAGGCGGUUUUUUCACAUGCCUUGCGUUUACUGAAGGUGUGUUUGUAUUCGUCAGAAUUUAUGUCGUGAUAAAAUCUUUAGGUCUUUGAAAAUAUCAGUUUGUUUAAUAUACGAUUCGAUAACAUAGACCAUUGAAUAUUUUUAUUUAUAACAACUCUAUAAUAUACUCUAUAUUUCAUAAAGAAAAUUUCCAGUUUUUAAUAUUUAUAGAUUUUGCAGCUGGGUUUUAUUUGUUGGGACACCGUUAGCGUUGUAGUAACGGUUAGUUAGUGGUAUAGUAGGACGUCACUGUGGGCGACGUUUUAGAUAGUUCGAUUACCACGUAGAACAAUCAUUUGUAAGAUCCACUAACGCUUGUCCUGAGUCAGGUAUUGACUUUAAUUUUUGUGGAAACCCCGAAAUACAAGGAUUAAAUGCUUAUAAGAGGAGUCGUACUUUUAGUUAAGAUAUAACUCAAUAAAAUCACGGUUAUGAUAGUGUUACAGCCAAUAGGUGUUAAAAAAUUCCCGUCUGCGGUGUAGGAGGUCGUAAUAUGAUAUUAAAUGGGAUUUUCGUAUGAAUCUUUAUUGCCUACCUCCGUCGCUAGUAAUAAGUUUAUAGAUACCUUAAUAAAAUAAUAAGCACGCCUUUGCAGCUCAAAAAAAGGUUUUCACAUUUUCCAUAAUUUAAAGCAGUGAAGCAGAACUAUAGUUUAAUAGACUAAUACAGAGCUUUAACGAAAAUAACCGUUUGGUUUAUGGUACCAUAAACAUGUCUUGACAGUUAGCAAACAAAUCACUAAAUUCGCGGUUCACAAUAUUGGCAAUGAACUAAAUUACUAAUGCACGCUCUCAAAUUCUUUGCAAUAAUAACUAUGAUCCAAACUGCAGAAUGUGAUAAUUACGAUGAACGUAUUAUAACAACUUUAAAAUAUUCCAGAAAAACUGUAAAGCCGGUCAUAGUGAACGGGAUGCCGGCUCAUUUAACCGAGUUCCCUUACUUGGUGUCGUUGAAGGAGGCAGUGCGGAGAAUAACGCCGAAAGAAAUAGUGUGGAUGAACCUUUGUGGGGGGAGCAUCAUCGCAAAGUUGAAAGUCCUCACAGCGGCUCACUGCUUCGAAGGCAACAACUUCUACUACGCCAAGCGGCCGAGCUUGCUGCGGUUGGUUGCCGGCAACCUCACCAACGACGUCAUCCACAGCGGAGAGACUGAGACUACGGUAGAUGCACAAUGGCGAAGACUCAAGAAGAUCGUCAUCCACGCAGAGUUCAGCUUCCCGAGUAACGAUAUAGCUUUGGUAUUCAUUGACCAGCCCUGGCAGUAUAGCCUCACAGUCAAGCCCAUCAACAUAGCAGAAAAGGGCACAGAUUACUACCAGUGCACCACGGCUGGUUACGGGAGGAUCGGCCACAGUUUGAAGGCCACUAUCUCUCCAAUAUUGCUGAAAGCACAUAUCUCCACUAUACCCAGAUCUCGGUGUUCCCUACUUUGGGAGAUGGACAUGAGUUCGUUUGUUUGCACAGAGUCUGCGUUGACGGAUGUUUCUAGAGGGGACUCGGGCGGGCCGCUGGCGUGUCAGGGCACGGACGACCCGAAUGAGGUUGACGAUAUGGGCGUCCUGGCGGGAGUGGUGAGCGGAAAGAACUUCGAUAAGACCACGCUGUUCACUCGGGUUUCCGCGUUCCACGAUUGGGUGACAACAGAUGGUGCUGAGAAAUUGUGUGUGUCGUUACAUCCUUUCGUCAUUAUACUGUUCAUUUUAAUAUAUCUUUUGUUUUAUUUAUCUUUUCGACGAUGUUUUGAAUUUGACGUCAUAACAUCAUCAUCGUCAUGUCCCUCUGGCACAGGCAUUUUCCUAUGUAAGAAUUUGCAAUCAUAAUUUAACUAAAAUUAUUUUUUCGGCAAGUGAUGUUUUUUACUCAUUUUAAUUACAUGACGUCCUACUUUACAGGUUUUCUUUUUUCACCUAAGUUUUUCUUUAUAUAAAACUGCAUUACGUUUCUUUGACAAAGAUCGCACCAAAGACUGGAUGAAAUAAAAAAUUAAUAGCUUGCUUUGCAUAAUAAUGAAUGAGCUAUUAUUCUAUGUAAAGCAGACGGUUCCGUAUCAAAGUUCAAGUAAUUUUUCAUUUUGAUGUGUUUUCGCACAAAAAAUAUUUUAAA